ACCGUAACGUGUCUAACCAUGUUCCAGUCAAAGGCGAGGAGUCUGCGGAGGCUGCUGCGGUGCAAACACGCGGCAGUGAGCAAGGCAUCCUGCUCCAGGCUGGUGUUGGGCAUCGAGACGAGCUGCGACGACACCGGAGCCGCUGUGAUGGACGGAAGUGGAGCCAUACUGGGAGAAUCCCUGCAUUCCCAGAAGGAGGUCCAUCUGAGGACUGGUGGCAUCAUCCCCACCGUGGCCCAGCAGCUCCACAGGGAGAACAUCCAGCGUGUGGUCCAGGAGGCUCUGGACAGGAGCGGCGUGGCGCCGGCGGAGCUCAGCGCCGUGGCAACCACCGUGAAGCCCGGCUUGGCGCUGAGCCUCGCCGUCGGCCUGGAGUUCAGCCGGAGGUUCGUCAGGCGGCACAACAAGCCCUUCAUACCCAUCCACCACAUGGAGGCCCACGCCCUGACCGUCAGGAUGCUCCACGCCGUGCCCUUCCCCUUCCUGGUGCUCCUCGUGUCCGGCGGCCACUCGCUGCUCGCCGUCGCUCGAGGAGUCGACGACUUCCUGCUCCUGGGCCGCACGCUGGACGAGGCGCCGGGGGACACGCUGGACAAGGUGGCCAGGCGUCUGUCCCUCAGGAAGCACCCCCGCUGCGCCACGCUGAGCGGAGGCCAGGCCAUCGAGCUGCUGGCCAAGGACGGCGACAGGAGGAGGUUUGGCUUCAGGACGCCUAUGGGACAAACGCCCGACUGCUGCUUCUCCUUCGCCGGACUUCGCAAUCAGGUUACGAUGUUGAUCAAGAAGACGGAGGCAGAGGAAGGUAAGAAGGUUCUCCUCCCUGCUGGGACCCAUAAACCUGCUGUGGUCUCAGCUAGCGUUACCUGUGCAGGUGUGGAAGAAGGAACGCUGCUGUCACAGGUCAGCGACAUCGCAGCGGCCACCCAGCACACCGUCGCCUCACAUCUGGCAAAGAGGACGCAUCGCGCCGUCCUGUUCUGCAAAGCUAACGGUCUGCUGCCAGAGGACACCCCGACCUUGGUGUUGUCUGGGGGGGUGGCGAGCAACCAGUACAUCCGGCGGGCUCUGCUGAUCAUCGCCGAGGCCACCGGGCUGCGGCUGCUCUGUCCUCCGGCCAGAUUCUGCACCGACAACGGGCCGAUGAUCGCCUGGAACGGAGUGGAACGUCUGAGAGAAGGAAGAGGGAUCCUGCCGCCAGGCGUGGACGUCAGCUACGAGCCCAGAGCGGCGCUGGGUUUGGACCUGACAGCGGAGGUGAGGGCGGCCGCCAUCAGGGUACCGUCGAUCCGGAUGAAGAUCCCAGACUGACGUCCAGAACUCCCAGAACCAGCCGGGUCAUAUGAGAGCUGUUUGUUCUAUUUAUUAUUAAAAGUAUUUUUAUAAGCA